AUGCUAAUUUUGAUGUCCAUGCAGUUCGCACCCUAUGCUUUCUCACCCUCUGAAUCUGAACUCAAACAGCCAGCCGCAUCCUUGUUCGUGAGCCGUUAUUCCCUCUUCUUGAGUAUCUUCAUCAACAUCUUCAUAACCAAGAAGUCUGGCUCUCACUCGUCUGCUCUCGCUUUUCCUGUGAUCAACUUCGCCAACCUAUUAAGCAACAUAUGCAGAUCACCAACUUCAAAGGCAUGUGGCUCAGAUCGUCUGCUCUCGUCCUUUGAGAUGACCUGUGGUCAACUGGCUCUCGCCUCUUUGGUGAAAUUCUGCGUGCCCUGGCUCUCGCCUUGUUUAUGA